AUGUCUUCAAAGUGUGCGCGGAAAGCGAACCCAUACUUGGAUAUCGAGGCUAUCAUCGACAAUGAGGAGGAGGAGGAGGAGGAAGAAGAAGAAGAGGAGGAGGAGGAGGAAGAAGAAGAGGAGGAGGAGGAGGAGGAGGAGGAAGAAGAAGAGGAGGAGGAGGAGGAAGAAGAAGAAGAGGAGGAGGAACUGGCCGAGUUGCUCACCGACGUCCAACGCACUCAACAAGCUCGGGCGCGUCUUGAUAAUGCAUGUGUCAGCGAUGAUGCUGCUGAUGCAGAAGCCAUGGCCCAGUCUAUUAUGGAGAGAGACAUGGUGGCUAGACGUGCACAGCGGGCCUCGCAGUCGGGUGGCGCAGUCGUCUCUCUUGCCCCCGAUGGAAUCCACCUUCAAGCCACGGAAAAUGGUUUCCUCUCUCCUUGGGUGUGCAUCUCGCAUGGUACAUAUAAGCACGAUGUGGCCUUCAUGGAGUCGCGAGAGGACUCUCUCCUCCGCAUCUGGGUGGUUCUGCGCUUGCCUACUACAAAAAAGCGGCAGCACGGAAGAACUUCUCAGCAACUGAUGCCGCCAGCAUUACUGAAGGAGUUGUUCAGAGAGGCUGUGACAGAAAGCGAAGGUGAUCGGCUGAUACAUAUUCUCAAGGGCAAGAAGUUCAAAGGCGGCCUCCUGCAGCUCGAACUCACUUUGGACCGGGUGACUUUCGAUGUCCACGCGACUCGAAAUGACGUAUUCGUCUUUAAUGCGGCAAAAUUCGUGCCAAAGACAGCGAUAGCGAAGCUCAUUCUAUUCUGUGUUGACUUCAAACCGGCUGCAGGCACGCGUGUGAUCAUUAUACAGGGCGAGCAAUGCGGCCUCAUCGGUGUCGUGCAUUCAGUCAUUAAUGGACAGGCUACGCUAACCAAUCUCUACCACGAGAAGUUGGAUGACGAACUUUCAUCUCUCGUGCUACCUGUAACUCAGUUACACCCCCUUUGGGCAGUUGGCGAUGCGGUCAAAGUUAAGACGGGCCUCCAUGCGGGCUUGGAAGGGCAAGUGAUUGCCGUGGAUGAUUUCGAUGUCACAAUUGUUCACACGAACAAAGUCGAGCGAACUAGAAACCCAAUAAUGGGAGUCUUUCAUACUUCUUCUGUGUUGGAAACCUCUGAGCAUCAUGUGUUACCCUGGGAUCUCUUACUCCAGAGUCUGAGGCGGAAUGGACCUCAAUACAGCCAGGAAGAGGUGGAGAUGGAGCUUGCCCUCAAGCAUCCUGACCGACAGAAUCCCAACAUCGGGCGAGUGGUGCGUGUCAUCAAAGGCCCUUUGAAGGGAUUUGUGGGCACAUUGCGAAACAUCAUGUACCACGGCGAUUAUGAGGUUGAGCUUGAAGCCAAGCUUUUAACCUCGAGGGGCGUCCUCUUGUUCCGAAAGCCCAAGAUCGCAUUCCGGUCAGAAGAAAGGGGCAACAUCGACACAGCGGAGCGUGGUCCGCUCCCUGAGCGGCCUCGGACCCCAUUGGGCCACGAAUUAGAACCCACAUCACACGACACAGAUUCGGCGUGGGGGUAUUCGGUGAAACUUGAUGGACCCGAUGGAUUGACAUCUUCAGUCGAACCUAAUGGACCCAAUGGAUGGAUGCUGGAUGCGGCUGUGGCACCUGUGUUCCAUACUUAUCGCUUCAAGUUCAUGUGCACAGCCGGUCAACUCCAAGACAAGCUGAUGACCACGGUGAAGGGAGCCUCCCCAGUGGACGACCUCGCCAUAUUGCGACCAGGCCCUGGCGAUUAUGCGAUCGUGUGUAAGUGUGGCCCCAACUUCGGAGCGUACGGCAAAACAAUGCGGGGUGUGGCAGACCCGCUUGUUCUAGUACUGGAAGAAGGCGGCAGGACACUUAGGGUGGAUAGGGAUGACUUGGCCCAGCUUGUGUGCAAAUAA